CAUUAUUUCUGUAGUCAUUCUGUUUCUGACACAUGAUGGAUCUGCAAGUCUCCGUUGUUCUUCUUUUCAUUUUUCUCACUGGAGGAUAUUCUCUCAAGUGUUACUCGUGCACAUCUCUUUUGACGGGCUCCUGUGAACUGAAAGUGGAGACAUGUCCAAAUGGAAAUGUUCAAUGUGUAAGCAGUACGAUAGAAAAAACCAUUGGGUCCGCUAAGGUGACUGUCACAAGUAAAGGGUGUGAUAAAUGUGAAACAGGGACUGGACAGCUACCAACCGGAGUGACUUAUAGCUGCUGUAACACUGAUCUUUGCAAUGCAGCAGAUGGAGUGUAUAAGGGAAGCUUCCUCCUGCUCUUGUCUCCUCUGCUCUUCUACUUCCUGUUUCAGUGAAUCCAGAUGAACGUCAGAUUCUACAGCAAAGACCAGCAGAAACUCAAUAUGAUACACUAUCUGAUGCUGAAUAAAGCUUGUUUGUUGCUCUGCUCUUCUUUGGUUUAAGGAACUGAGAAUAUGUACUUUUAACAUUAAACAAAU